AUGGAAUGGAAAUAUAAUUUUAUUCCUUUAGUUGUUUUAAUACUAUUAUCAAUAAUAAUUUCAAUUUCUACAAGUUUAAAUGAAAAUCAAUCAAUAGAUGAAAUAGUUUCAAAAUUUAUUUUAAAAUAUCAAUUAAAAAAUGGAAAUUUAGAUAAUAAUAAUAAUAAAAUUAAUUUUAAAAAUUAUAAUUCAAAUUAUAAAAAUAACAAUAUAAAUAUUUGGGUACAAUUUAAUGAAAAGUUUUUAACAAAUAAUAAAAUUCAAUUAAAUCAUUUUGGUUAUUUAAGUGAAAAAUCAAAAAAUAGAAGAUCUUUUAGAGGAAAUAAUAAAAAUAAUAAAAAUAAUUAUAAUAAUUAUAAUAAUAAUAAUAAUAAUAAUAAUAAUAAUAAUAAUAAUAAUAAUAACUUUAUUGAUGAAAAUGAUUAUCCAAUUAAUGAAAAAUAUAUUGAAGAAAUUUUAAGAAUUGGUAAUUCAGAAAAUAAUUCAACAAUAAUGAAAGAAAGAAAAAGAUCAAAAUGGUUAAAUUCAGUAUCAUUUAGUUUGAAAAUAAAUGAAGAAAUUUUAUCAGCACAACAAUCAUGUCCAGAUAAAUUAAAAGAAAUUUUACAAUUAAUUAGUUCAAAUGAAUUUGUUAAAAAGAUUUCAAUAGUGAAUCAAUUAAAUUUACCAAAUACAAAUAAUAAUAAUAAUGAUAUUAAUAAAAACCAAAUUCAAUUAAAUAGUGAUAGUGAUGAAAAUGAGCCAUUAAAUAUAUUUAAUGGUAUUGAUUAUGGUAAAUCAUAUUCACAAUUGAAUCAAAUUGGUGUAUUGGAAGCCCAUAAAUUAGGUUAUAAAGGUAAUGGUACAACAAUUAUGGUAAUCGAUACAGGAUUUUUAAAGAGUCAUGAAUCAUUAGGUGGUUUAAGAAUUCGUGGGGAAAGAGAUUUCAUUGAACAUACAGAUAAUACAGAGAGUGGUGGAUUGAAACAAAUUUCGCAUGGUACGUUUGUGCUAUCGCAAAUUGGGGGUAAUAAACCUGGUAAAAUCAUUGGUGUUGCACCAGAUGCAGAUUUCAUUUUAGCAAAGACUGAAAUCGUUUCAGAGGAAAUUCCAAUUGAAGAAGAUUACCUAAUUGAGUCAAUUGAAUGGGGUGAAUCAAUGGGUGCUGACGUGAUUUCUAUAUCGUUAUCGUAUACUCAGAAUUAUGAAUACUGGCAACGUGAUGGUACAUCCCCACUUUCGAAAGCAAUUGAUAUCGCAACUGAUAAAGGUGUUGUUGUGGUGGUUGCAAGUGGCAAUGACGGGGAGGUUGGAGUUGGUCCGCCUGGCGAUAGUAAAUUUGCGAUAACUGUUGGUGCAGUAGAUGCGUUUGGUGAAAUUGCAACAUUCAGUUCGUAUGGUCCAACUUCUGAUGGUAGAUUAAAACCAGAGGUAUCAGCAAAAGGUGUUUUAUGUUUUGGUGCUGAUGAUUCUGAAAUUGAUUCAUAUCGUUAUACAAGUGGUACAAGUCAUGCGACACCAUUAAUCGCUGGUUCUGUUGCAUUAAUAAUUGAAGCUCAUCCAAAUUGGACACCAAAACAAAUUAAAGAAGUUUUAUUAAAAACUGCUUCGCAAUCUCAAUCACCUGAUAAUUUUAAAGGAUUUGGUAUUAUAAAUGUACUUUCUGCAAUAAAUGAUAAACCAUCUUCAAUAAUUACAACAACAACAACCACAACAACAAAUUCAAAUUCAAAUUCAAAUGAAGAAGAUUGUUUAUCAAAUAAUGGUAUCAUUUUAAAUAAUCAAUGUAUUUGCUCACAAAAUUCAUCAAAUGAUAAAACUGAUUCAUGUUCCUCUAAAAUACGUUGUUCAUUUGUUUGUAGUUUUAAUAAAGGUAAAUGUAGUGAAUAUGAUUGUUUUAGAUGUUUAAAUCCAAAUGAAAAAGAAGAAUCAAAUGGCAGAGAAAAAUGUAAAUCAAUCUCUGAUAUUAAUCAAGAAAAUCCAAACUUUUCAAAUUUAUCAAAAAUUAAAUUUCCAUUAUUUUUAAUAAUCACUUUAAUAAUUUUAAAAAUUAUAAUUCAAUAA